AUGGAUACAGUACCGUGCACGAUGACCUCGAUGUACAUACAGGCUAUGGUCGGCCAUAAAGACGAGUUGCAAUCGGUUCUCGACUGUUUCACCGACAAGAAACCUUGCAAUGAUGUCACUAAACACGUUAAAGUUUCAAAGAUCCCGAAAAGCGAGAAAAUUAAGAUGAAGUUUGUUUUAUUGCUUCCGAUUUUCUUAGCGUUGGCUGGCGCCGAAACUUACUCUAGCGAGAAUGAUGAUCUGGACAUAGAGGCAGUUGUUAAGAACCUGGACACGUUGAAAUCGUUUAUAGAUUGCUUCAACGACAAAAAGCCCUGCGAUGAAGUCCAAGCUGACUUUAAAAAGGAUUUGCCAGAGGCCUUCCAAGAGUACUGCGGCAAGUGCACAGCAGCUCAGAAGCACAUUUUCAGGAAAUUCUUGGAAGGCGCAGGAGAGAAGUUGCCUAAAGACUUGGAAGAGCUCAAAAAGAAAUAUGACCCAGACUCGAAACACUUCGCUGCACUUCAAGCUGCUAUUGCAAAUGCC